AUGGAUGAGGUACAACAGCCUUUAAAGUUAAAUGUUGGAGGAAUGAUUUUUGAGACACUUCCGGAUACUCUUGCCAAGGUUCCCAGCUCCAAGCUGAGCAGGAUUCUCGUAGGAUCAGAGCCCACCAUACAACAGACAGGGGCCAGGGAAUACUUCAUAGAUAGGGAUGGAUCUUUAUUUGGAUACAUUUUAGACUUCCUCAGGACAUCUGAAUUACUGCUGCCCAGCGACUUCUGUGACUAUGACUCACUUCAAAAGGAAUUUGAGUUCUAUGAACUGGAUCCAGUGUCGUGCAUAUUGGAGUCAUUACAGAAGAAAAACAAAUCAGAGGUUCUCGAGAUACGUUACAUUCAGAAGGGGUCAGGAGCCUUUUUCAGAAUCUUCGGAUCGUCUGUGGAAACAGUUUACGCACUUUCCAGUCAGAUAACGAUGCACGUAGAGAGAACAAGCUCCAAGCCAUGGGUUUCUGUUGAGAAAAAGAAUCCUACCGCUGCCCAGAAGCUUUCAUUUCAUGAUCUGGUUUUCCAGUGUGGAUCUAACCCUUAUGGGAAAGGACAGCAAGUUAACAUGUAA